GCCACCCCUGCGUCACCCUGGGCCACCCCUGCGUCACCCUGGGCCACCCCUGCGUCACCCUGGGCCACCCCUGCGUCACCCUGGGCCACCCCUGCGUCACCCUGGGCCACCCCUGCGUCACCCUGGGCCACCCCUGCGUCACCCUGGGCCACCCCUGCGUGGUUCUAAAUAAAUCAACAAUGAAUUUGUGGUGCGGCCUUCCUGCGGUGGAUGAGAGGAGGAGGUGAGCAGCGGCCACUGUGUAGAGCGAGCAGCGGACGACCCUCCGCGCCUCAAGGUGGACAAGGACAGCUUAUUUAAGCUUAGAGACAGUAGAACUAGAGGAAAUAGUUGAGACGUGAGGGAGGAAAGAGAGGAGUGGAGAGUGUAAGGACAGUGGUCCUUGUACUGGUGGUCAACACGUCAUGGAGGAGGACCCCUCCAGCCACAUGUUAGUACCCAUAUGUGACAAGGUACUCGCACCAUAGGGAAGAGUACUAGGCCUUACUUGAGCACGUGCCCUCCACCACCACGUGCCCUCCACCACCACGUGCCCUCCACCACCACGUGCCGUCACGUGCCACUGCUCCAAGAGCUCAAUAGUCUUCAUCUUGGAGUACAAACAAGUGUCAUUUAAUUUUAUAUUGAAAAUUAAUUAAAUUGCAAAUAUUUAGAGGAUUAUAUUAAACGUUCAAUACUCGUUGGAAAGAUGUGUGCCGCCCACCACCACCACCUCUCAACCUGCCAGUAACCUCACGCCUCCCCCCCGCCGCCCACACCACCCACCCACCUCGCCGCCGCCCACACCACCCACCCACCUCGCCGCCGCCCACACCACCCACCCACACGAUAGGCUCAAGUCACUCAGAAACAAACGGAACGAACAAACGUGUAUAUUUAUGGUGAAAACAAAGUGUGAACGUUGGCAAGCAUUAAUUACAGUGUGUUGGGUAGCGGGCAGCGUCGGGGCGGUAUACCCAGCUGGGCAUCGCUGCCCAGGGCCUGCACCACCCUCGUCUACACCCGCUCUCUAAACUAAAGCCAAAUUUUAGAUGGAAAAGUAAAAGUUUGUAUUGAUUGUGUAGAUGUUGACAAAUUAUAAACACGGAAAAAUUUAUAUCAUAAAACACGCAGUGAAGCCGCCAGUCUGUGUGGUCCAGGAUCGCUGCGUGACCCCACACUGACCCCCCCACACUGCGUGACCCCACACUGAGUGACCCCACACUGAGUGACCCCACACUGACCCCCCGCACUGAGUGACCCCACACUGCGUGACCCUACACUGAGUGACCCCACACUGAGUGACCCCACACUGAGUGACCCCACACUGCGUGACCCCACACUGCGUGACCCCACACUGCGUGACCCCACACUGAGUGACCCCACACUGCGUGACCCCACACUGCGUGACCCCGCACUGCGUGACCCCGCACUGCGUGACCCCGCACUGCGUGACCCCGCACUGCGUGACCCCGCACUGCGUGACCCCACACUGCGUGACCCCGCACUGAGUGACCCCACACUGCGUGACCCCGCACUGAGUGACCCCACACUGCGUGACCCCGCACUGCGUGACCCCGCACUGCGUGACCCCGCACUGCGUGACCCCACACUGAGUGACCCCACACUGCGUGACCCCACACUGCGUGACCCCACACUGCGUGACCCCACACUGCACCCCCCGCACUGAGUGACCCCACACUGCGUGACCCCACACUGCGUGACCCCACACUGAGUGACCCCACACUGCGUGACCCCACACUGUGACCCCACACCACGAGUGCCAACAUGUGAACAACAGUACUAAACACACAGUAGAAACAUUGGUGCCUUGUGCUUGGAGGAAGUUGUUAGUGCGUGUGUUUAUGGUGGCUGCCUUGGGCGGGGGAGCCAUGCAGGUGUUGGUGUGGGUGUUGGCGCGGGUGUUGGCGGGGGCCCUCACCUUCACCGCCGCUAUGCCUCACCAUCACUUCCCCAACAACCAACAAGCUGAGUACGUGACGACGCUGAGGUCAUACGAGGUGGUGACCCCGAUAAAGGUCACCAGCGAGGGAGACUUCCUCACCCACAACCUCCACCACGCCCACGCCCACGCCCACCCCAGCAGGAGCAAAAGACAGGCCAACUAUCAGGAGGCUCACCUCAACUAUGUCAUUCCGAUUGAUGGAGAAAAUCACCAAGUGUCGUUGCGGCCCAACCUGAAGUUCCUGGCGCCGCAUGCAGUGGUGGAACGGCGCGUCAACGGCUCUGUCCUCAACGGAGGCUCCCUGGUGGAGGUGAUCGGGUCGCAGCCUUCCUGCCACUACCACGGCUUCGUCAGGAACCACACCGCCUCCCGUGUCGCUCUCUCCACCUGCCACGGUCUGACUGGCGUCCUCCGCACCGACAACGAUGAGUACUUGAUCGAGCCCGUCCGUGGCCACGUCCACGGCAGCCCUCACCCACACCUGCUGUAUAGACGGUCAGCCCUGCCCACACCUGCAGCCCACACCUGCUCCACACCUGACUCUUACGCUGAGGCCGUCCGCGCCCGCGAGGCGUGGCAGGCCGCCCACCGCCCUCCUCCGCCCGCCCCAGGGGACACCAGCAUCAGCAGCAACAGCAGCAGCAGCAGCAGCAGCAGCAGCAGCAGCAGCAGCAGCACCAGCACCAGCAGCAGCAGCAGCACCAGCAGCAGCACCAGCAGCAGCAGGAGGAGGAAGAGGAGCGUGAGCGUGGAGAGGAACGUUGAGGUGAUGGUGGUGGCUGACAAGAAGAUGGUCGACUUCUACUCCAAUGAAGACAUCAGCACCUACAUUCUCACGGUGAUGAAUAUGGUGUCGAGCGUGUACCAUGACGCCAGUAUUGGCAACGCUGUGAACAUCUACGUGGUGAGGAUCAUGUUGCUUGAAGAUCCCCAGUAUGAGGAGGAACUGGACAUCAGCCACAACGCUGACAACACACUGAGGAGCUUCUGCCACUGGCAGCAGAUGAUCAACCCUGGCAACGAGACGCACCCGUACCAUCACGACGUUGCCGUCCUCAUCACCAGGUACAACAUAUGUAGCCGCGUGACGGAGAGGUGCGCCACUCUGGGGGUCUCCGAGAUCGCCGGCAUGUGUCAGCCGCUCAGGUCGUGCAACGUUAACGAAGACACGGGCCUGCAGAUCGCCUACACCAUCGCCCACGAACUCGGCCACAACUUCGCCAUGAACCACGACGGACCGCAGAAUGGUUGCGAGAGUCACUACGGGUCGAGCCAGCACGUGAUGUCCCCGCACCUCACCAGCGACGCCAUCCCCAUCACCUGGUCCAACUGUAGCAGGCAGGAGAUCACACACUUCCUCGACAAGGACUGGGGGUCGUGUCUGGAGGACGAGCCGCCCCAGGUGGAGUACACCUUCCCGCAGCUGCCGCCGGGCGCCAUGUACGACGCCGACCACCAGUGCCGCCUCAGCUUCGGCGCCGACGCCACCCACUGCUCGGGCCUGGAGGGCCCCGAGAGGGUCUGCCAGACGCUCUGGUGCCACUUAGACAACCGCUGCAUCACCAGGAUGGAGCCAGCUGCAGAAGGCACCCAGUGUGGCAAGCACAAGUGGUGUGCGUCGGGGGAGUGCGUGACCAUCGGGGACCGGCCGGCGGCCAUCCACGGCAACUGGGGGGAGUGGUCGUCGUGGUCGUCGUGCAGCAGGACCUGCGGCGCCGGCGUCGCCUCCGCCAGCAGACACUGCGACAACCCCGCCCCGGCCAACGGCGGCAGGUACUGUACCGGCGACAGGAAGAAGUACCGAAUCUGCAGUACUCAGGAGUGUGCUGAGAGCGGUGUGAGCUUCCGGGCCGUGCAGUGUUCCCAGCACGACUACCAACCCUACAAGGGCCACAACCACACCUGGCUCCCUGUCAUGUUUCACCACUCGCCGUGCCAGCUUGACUGUAAGCCUGACAACGAGUUCUACAGCGUGAAGCUGGAGGAGACAGUGGUGGACGGCACGCCGUGCAACCCGGGCUCCAGGGACCUGUGUAUCCACGGCGCCUGUAAGCGGGUGGCGUGCGACUGGACUAUAGAGGGCGGGGCUCAGGAGGACCGGUGCGGCCUGUGUCACGGUGACGGGACACAGUGCGUGACCACACGGGGCGUCUUCACCCUGGCCAGGAGCUCCGGCUACGUCACCAUCGUCACCUUCCCUCGUGACGCCCGUAACAUCAAGGUGAAAGAAGAGGGAGACGCCGCCAAUUACCUGGCUCUCAGGGACAACGACACCGCCACAUACUUCCUCAACGGCAACUGGAUCAUCCAGUGGUCGGGGGAGUACAGCGCUGACGGCAGCAUGCUCUACUACACCAGAGACGGAGAGACAGAGACUCUCUUCUUGCCGGGACCUGUCAAGCGCCCGCUCACUCUUAUGCUGUUGUUCCAGACCGAGAACCCCGGGGUGUGGUGGGAGUACACGCUGCCCCACCAGAACGCCACCUACACCCCCACCUUCUCCUGGCACCACUCUGACUGGUCCGUGUGCUCUGUCACCUGUGGAGGCGGCAUCCAGGUGUCAAAGGUGCAGUGUCUGGAGAAGGAAGCCGGUCUGGUAGAGGAGCAAUACUGCAGCGGCCAGUCUCGACCAGACGACCACACCAGGUCAUGCAACACCCACGCCUGCCCUGCCUGGUGGUGGUCAGGGCCCUGGCAGCCCUGCGCCAUCACGUGCGGCAGCGGUGGCAUCAGGAGGCGCACCGUCAUCUGCGUCCGCUCCUUUGGCCCCAGCGAGCAGAUGGCGCUGCUGGAUUCUGCGUGUGAGGAGAGCGAGAAGCCCCACGAGACAGAGGUGUGCCCACAGCUGCCCCUGUGCCCACAGCUGCUGGAGUGGAGUGUGGGGCCCUGGUGCCAGUCGUGCAGCCUGGACCCGUGUGACUUUGAGGAGCGCGAGGUGCUGUGUGUGGCGGCGGGGGGCAGCUGUGACCCCCUCUCACGUCCCCCAGACAGGCGUCAGUGUGGUAACAUCACCUGCGGUGUGUGGCAGGUGGGCACCUGGUCCAAGUGUUCUGCGCCUUGUGGUGAGGGAGUGCAGCUCCGCGACGUGGCGUGUGAGGGCGGCCUCGCCUGCCGGGAUGCUGACGAACCCAAGAGUGUACAGGAGUGUGUUGGCGACUGUCUCAGUGAUGACACACUCCUCGAGAUUGACGACGUUCUCAUGGAUACACUCUUGUCGACGACCCCUGCAGCUGACAUCUCCACUACACCUUCGACGACCCCUGCAGCUGACACCUCCACCUCUCCUGCUUCGACGACCCCUGCAGCUGACACCUCCACCACCCCUGCUUCGACGACCCCUGCAGCUGACACCUCCACCACCCCUGUUUCGACGACCCCUGCAGCUGACACCUCCACCUCUCCUGCUUCGACGACCCCUGUAGCUGACAUCUCCACCACUUCACCUUCGACGACCCCUGCAGCUGACACCUCCACCACCCCUGCUUCGACGACCCCUGCAGCUGACACCUCCACCUCUCCUGCUUCGACGACCCCUGCAGCUGACACCUCCACCACCCGUGCUUCGACGACCCCUGCAGCUGACACCUCCACCACCCGUGCUUCGACGACCCCUGCAGCUGACACCUCCACCUCUCCUGCUUCGACGACCCCUGUAGCUGACACCUCCACUACACCUUCGACGACCCCUGUAGCUGACACAUCCACUACACCUGUUUCGACGACCCCUGCAGCUGACACCUCCACUACACCUGCUUCGACGACCCCUGCAGCUGACACCUCCACUACACCUGCUUCGACGACUCCUGCAGCUGACACCUCCAUCACUCCUGCUUCGACGACCCCUGCAGCUGACACCUCCACUACACCUGCUUCGACGACCCCUGCAGCUGACACCACCACUUCACCUUCGACGACCCCUGCAGCUGACACCUCCACCACCCCUGCUUCGACGACCCCUGCAGCUGACACCUCCACUACACCUGCUUCGACGACCCCUGCAGCUGACACCUCCACCACUCCUGCUUCGACGACCCCUGCAGCUGACACCUCCACUACACCUGCUUCAACGACCCCUGCAGCUGACACCUCCACUCCACCUGUGACUACCACUGCAGCUGACACCUCCACAACACCUAUAAUGAACACUGCAGCUGACACCUCCACCACACCUAUAAUGACCACUGCAGCUGACACCACCACACCUAUAAUGACCACUGCAGCUGACACCUCCACCACACCUAUAAUGACCACUGCAGCUGACACCUCCACCACACCUAUAAUGACCACUGCAGCUGACACCUCCACCACACCUAUAAUGACCACUGCAGCUGACACCUCCACCACACCUAUAAUGACCACUGCAGCUGACACCUCCACCACACCUAUAAUGACCACUGCAGCUGACACCUCCACCACACCUAUAAUGACCACUGCAGCUGACACCUCCACCACAUCUGCUCCGACAACCACUACAUCUGACACCUUCAUCACUGCUCCUACGGCGACCAUUGCCGCCAACACCACCACAGCUGCUACGAUGAGUACUUCAGCUGACGCCUUCACCACAACUGGCAGCAUUUCGGGUGGUGUGUACUCCGCCGGUACUCGAGGUAGUUCUCCCCCCACCAUCUUCACCACACCACACACCUCAACGCUCCCUGCUAUCCCCACCACAACCUAUGUCCUUACUAACUCUACAAUUCACAACAGCCAUUCCAUCCUCACUGUUUCUACCACACCCAAGUCCUACAAGAGCAGCAACACCGCUGAUUCAGCUGCAGCUGAUCCACCUCUGUUUACACCAAAAAUCACAGCUGAUUCUACCACAGCGUCGUCUAUCAUCUGGCCUACAACCCCAGAAUCAACCACAACAGCAUCAAGGACCACAGCAGCUGAGGUAGCAGCUACCACCCCAAAACCAACCACGACACAAUUGACCACAUGGGAUGAAGAAACCACAGUCUCCUCAGGCAAUGUUGUGAAUGCAGCACCGACGAUGCCUUCAGUUCAUCUUGUGGAAGAAACAAGCAUAGAAAAGACCACUUCAGCCAUUGGAGUUUCUUCACCGAAUUUGACAGAGAAGACACAAUCAGAGACUACUACAGGGAUUCCUUCAACCACUGUGCCUUUCUCCACCACUUUAACGGUCAGAAACUUCAGUAUCCCUGAGACGCCCACAAAAGCCGAGUCCGAGACCCCAGUCUUGACCAGAGAGAUGGUUCCGCUGCUUCAAACGAACUUAUCCGAGAAGGAUACUUUCCCAAAGAACGAAUCAAGUUUUGAAGACAGAGUACAAGAUGACCAACAGGACAAUAAAGAAGUUCAAAGCAGAAAUACAACAGGUGCUGCCAUGAAAAAUCUUAAGUCUACUAGUAAUGGAAAUGAUACAGAAGAUAAUCAGAACGAUAAUACAAUAACAAUUGAAGCCUCGUCGGAAGGCACCAAGACUCAGGAUACGUUGAGUUACACUAUAUCAGAAAGUCAUCCAGAAAUUGAUCAUGAAAAUGUCCAAGUUCUUGAAACUUUCAAUGAAGUUGACGUUAACUCUAAGCUGAAGGAUGAAAUGGCCAUAAAUGACAUCUCUUCGUCAGAGAACAAGUUGUCUGAUGAGGAAACGAAGAGAGAUCCCCAGUCGCCCCAUGGUACCCGAGCUACAAUAUCAACUUCGACUACGUCUUUGGGUGGGACACUAGGACCAAGUGAAGGCUUACUUUCCACAGAGGAACCUUCCGCGAGAGAGCAGCUCACAGAGGUGGAAGAACCUGUCAAAGAAGAUGACGAUCAACGACCGGAUGGAAUCAUCGAGGAUAAAAUCAAUGUCGAUGAUUUUGAGGUGAUUGAGAUUGUUGAACUUCCUCCGAAGAGUGAAGGGAAGAAGACCAGAAAGAAGGUCCUCCUCCAUAGCGGAGCCAAGGCUGUCGACGUCCUGUACGAGCUGGCUGAAGAGCAAGCAGCGAAAAAGGCCGCCAGCAAGACCUCAGUGGAUACCAGCUUGGACUACAUCGUCCCGGACUACGAGUGGGACGCCAGCCUCUGGUCACAGUGCAGCGCGGAGUGUGGCGGUGGUGUACAGCGGCGGAGCAUCAGAUGUCUGGAGCGCGCAAGCAACAGCCUCGUCGAUCCACAACUGUGCAGCAUCCCUCCUGCAAACCUGCAACCUUGCAACACAGAGGUGUGUGGGGAGUGGGUGGUGGGUGCGUGGGGCGAGUGUUCCUCAUCAUGUGACCUCGGGGAGCGAGUGCGGUCAGUAAAGUGCGUCGGUGGCGCUCGGUGUCUCUCGGACACCAGACCGCUCGAGGUGCAGCCUUGUGAACUGCAGUCCUGCGUCACCUGGGUCGAGGGCCCCUGGAGCCUCUGUACGAAGACGUGUGGGGGCGGGUACCAGAUCCGUCAUGUGAAGUGUGUGGACGUGCGGACGCAGGAUGCAGCAGACACCUGCCUGAAGGAUGUCAAGCCCAAACACAAAAUGGCGUGCCACAACGACCGCUGCCCCAAGAACAGGCGAGGUCAGCAGCGGCGGUGCAAGGACAGGCUGGACACAAAGCUGUGCAAGAAACUGAAGCAUAUGUGCAGCACCAAGUUUUUCCGAGUCAAGUGUUGCAGGACCUGCCUUAGACGCGACGAGUGAAGUGCAGUGGCUUCCUCCAUGACCUUGUGGCAACAGCUAACUGCCCUUCGAGCUCCAGCAGGCGUCUCCUCCCCCUCACAGCACCAUCUAUUGCACUUGGGGCUUCCGGGCCCUAGACAAGUGACUCUUUGACCCAACAAAAGCAUAUGAAAAAGCAUUCGUGAAAGCAUAUGUUUGGUGGGGCUCGAAGUCAGGAUUUGGUGACCAGUGCGGGCGAGGCAACCAAUCUUGUACCCGCGGGUCACUCCUGGACUUGGGAGGGGGGGGGGUGUCACUUGCGGCGUCAUCUCACGUUGUGGAGGAGCAGGACUAUGCUAGAAUGUAGUCACAGGGACCUAGACAGCUGUUUGGAAGAGAAGAGCAGCAGCGGUCACACUGUAUAACAUCAAUGAAAUGUUAAAUAACACUAAACACGAAGCCUAAGUAAAGGUGAUGCCAGUGAAGGUUAAAAGUUAGUGGUGUGAAAACAAUUCCUUUACUUGGUACUUAUUGCGAUAUGUACAAAUAUUACACCUGAAGUGAUAACAUUGAUGCCAUAUCAUGAAAUGUGUGUGUAGCAACCUUGCUGUAUGUCAUCAAUGACCAUAUUAACUAAAUUCUUCAUGUGUGCCAAAGGUCAUGUUGUCCUGUACACAGGUCAUGUGUGCCAUGACGUGCCAAAGGUCAUGUGGUCCUGUACACAGGUCAUGUGUGCCAUGACGUGCCAAAGGUCAUGUUGUCCUGUACACAGGUCAUGUGUGCCGUAACGUGCCAAAGGUCAUGUUGUCCUGUACACAGGUCAUGUGUGCCGUAACGUGCCAAAGGUCAUGUUGUCCUGUACACAGGUCAUGUGUGCCGUAACGUGCCAAAGGUCAUGUUGUCCUGUACACAGGGCAUGUACAACAUUGACGUGCCAAAGGUCAUGUUGUCCUGUACACAGGUCAUGUACAAAAACGACGUGCCAAAGGUCAUGAUGUCACAGAAAAAACUUUAGCUAGCAAAUAUAAACUUUUGUAAUAUGAUCGCGAGCAAUAUAACUGUACUCUGUACUCAGUUCACUCCAGAAAGCAGUAAAAGUU